AUGGCAGCGAAGAGUCUGACGAGAUUGCUCCCCACAGCUGCAAGGCCAAAGCUGUCGCUUCCCCAAGCACCGCAAACCCACCGCCUCUUGUCCACGAGCCCGGUUCAGAGUCAGGUGCAGACACUACUGCAGGAUAAAGAGAAUGGAUUUGGAUUCAUACGGCACAAUCCUCGCACACCCAAGCCUCGUACCAAGGGCGUCACCGAGAUCCGAGGCCCUUACUACUCGUCGUACGGAAAGCGUCACCUCCAGGACGUGUUGGAAACCAUGGGAUACCAUGUUGAUGGACUCAAGUUCGCCGGAGGCAGCUUCUCGAUGAUGCCCGAAGAGCGAGUCCGAGAGCUGAUUGACCUGGCUCACGAACACGACGUCUAUGUCAGUACGGGAGGGUGGAUGGAACACAUCUUGACUCAGCCCGACUCCGGUGCCACGGUAGAGAAGUACUUGCGGAAGUGCAAGGACCUGGGAUUCGACGUGAUUGAGAUCUCGUCUGGGUUCUUGUCCUUCCCACCGGACGACUGGCUGCGAUUGGUGGACAAGGUGCACAGCAUGGGAAUGAAGGCGAAACCCGAAUUAGGCAUCCAGUUCGGGGCGGGGGGUGACACCUCUGCAGAGGAUUUGGAAGCCACGGGUACAUCUGACCCCAGCAAGGUGAUCAAUCUAGGCAAGAAGUUCAUCGAAGCGGGAGUGGAGAGAAUGAUGAUUGAGAGCGAAGGCAUCACCGAGAACGUGAAGAGCUGGCGGACGGACGUGAUCCAGGCAAUCCUACGAGACCUGCCCCAGGAGAAGGUCAUGUUCGAGGCCGCGGAUCCUCCGGUGUUCAACUGGUAUGUCCGCGAAUUCGGCAUCGAUGUCAACCUGUUUGUGGACCACUCGCAGAUUGUGCAGUUGACCUGUCUGCGGUCGGGUAUUUGGGGCAUGGCCGACACAUUUGGCAAGAUUGUGAGCUACAGAGAAUGA